GGAGGUCAUCUCGGGACGAGGCCAGGGGAUUGGGUGUCGCAGUUUGGGCACCCAGAGCCCAGCCCCUAACCCGCCAGCGCUGGCUAUAAUUAGCCGAUGCCGGCCCUGACGCCCGAUGCGGGGGCGAUUACCUCAGCCACGCUGUCUGAAGUAGAGCAGGCUCAACGAACCUGGGCCAAGAGCUUCUCGGAUUCAACAGAUCGUCGUCGGUCAGACCCAGAGCAAGCCUCUCUUCCGGUCCAGAAGGACAGCCUUGACCUCACUUUGCCAGCCCGGAGAACCCCUUCCUGGCCCCCGUCCCCGGACGAGGAUCCCAAUUUGCCCCUCUUUCCUCUGGAAGAGCCUGGCACCAGGCCAAUGGUCCCAGGGAGCCUUCCCUCUCCAGCUUUGUCCCUAGAGGAAGAAGAGGAGGAGGAAGAGGAUGAGGACGGAGAAGACACAGCAGAGCCCGAGGAACUGCGCAGCGAGGAGCAUCCCAGCCAGUUUUUCGCGGAGGCACAGCGGCUGCGGGAGCAGAGAUUGUUGCUGGAUGAAGAGGUGUCAGUAGGGGGGCGAGUAUACGGGGUGCAUCGGGUUAUCUUGGCCGCAGUCAGUAGCCUCUUCAGAGAUAGGCUGCUGAACGGCAGAGGUCAGCAACCCACCUUCAGCCUGGAAGUAACGCCCGGGGCCUGGGAGGCCGUGCUGACCUUUGCCUAUGAGGGAGUGCUGGGACCCGCCCCGCGGGGGGAUGUGCUGGUCGCGGCUGAAGCCCUGGGAGCGCCCCGGGUAAAGGCCGCAGCCCAGUGGGGACGCGAGGGAGCAGGAAGCGCCCGGGAAGAUGCAAAGCACCCCAGACAGACAGAGGAGCUGAGAGAGAACUUGCGCAGCAUCGAGCUCCUGUACCAAGAAGGCAUCGGAUGUGACCUGGAGCUGGAGGCAGGCGGCUGCCGGCUGCAGGUGCACCGAGCGGCCCUCGCCUGUGGCAGUGAGUUCUUUGGGGCCAUGCUCCUGAGUGGGAUGAGGGAAUCCCAGGGCACAGAGGUGUCUCUGCACACCAUCUCUGCCCAGGACCUGCGACUCCUCGUGUCUUAUGCCUACUCCGGGGUUGUGCGGGCAAGGUGGUCAGGACUGCUGAGAGCCGCCCAGGCUGCUCUGCAGUACCAGAGCUCUUCCUGCCUGGCCCUGUGCCAGAGAGCCUUGGCACGAGGCCUCAGCCCUGCUCGUUGCCUGACCCUGAUCCCCAUGGCUGAAGCCCCUGGGUUUGAGAGGCUCUGGAGCAAAGCGCACCACUACCUCCUCACCCACCUGCCCGCUGUGGCUUCGUGUUCCACUUUCCCUUCUUUACCGGCUGCCUGCCUGGCUGAGCUCCUGGACAGCGAUGAGCUACAUUUGCAGGAGGAGUUCGAGGCCUUUGUGGCUGCACGGUGUUGGCUAGCUGCCAACCCUGAGAUCCAGGAGUCAGAUGCCAAGGCCCUGCUUCGAUGUAUCCGCUUUGGCCGCAUGUCUACCAGGGAGCUACGGAGGGUACGGGCGGCCGGAUUGCCUCCACCCCUGUCCCCGGACUUGCUCUAUCAGCUGAUGGUGGAGGCUGAGGUUCCAGGACAAGAGAGACGGAGGGAACCUGACCAGGCCCUGGUAGUGAUUGGCGGGGAUGGGCUCAGAUCAGACAUGGCCGUGAGACAGCCGUCCCGAGGAGUGUGGUGGGCCCGGGCCUUUCGCUGCGGCACAGGACUGGUUCGCACUGUGGAUUGGGGACGGCUGCCUGCCCUGCCUGCCCCAGGGCGCUUCCGGCAUGGGGCUGUCAGCCUAGCAGGAAGUGAACUCUACGUGUGUGGGGGACAGGAUUUCUACACUAACUCUAACACCCUGGCUUCGACUCUCAGGUGGGACCCCAGUCAAGAGGAUUGGGAGGAGGUGGCACCUUUGUGCCAGGCUCGGAGCCUUUUCCCCUUGGUGGAACUGGAUGGACUGCUUUAUGCCCUGGGCGGACAAGACAAUGGUGUUGCCCUCAACUCUGUGGAGACUUACAACCCCGAGGUCAAUGUCUGGAGGCCAGCACCUGCACUGCCAGCACCACGCUUUGCCCACGCAGCGGCUGUUUUGGAGGGCCGGUUGUACGUGAGCGGUGGCUGCAGCGGGACUGGCCAAUACCUGGCCUCGUUGCUGCACUAUGACCCCAAACUUGAGAAGCCGGGGACAUUUCUGAGCCCUAUGGGGGUACCUCGGGCUGGCCACGUCAUGGCUGCUCUGGGUGAGCGGUUGUAUGUAGCGGGUGGGCUAGGUGAGACUGGGGACCUGCUGAGCGUGGAGGCCUAUGAACCAAGGACUGAUGGCUGGACUCACUUGACGCCCCUGCCUUCCCCCCACGUGGGGGCUGCAGGUGCUGUGGUGCAGGGGGAGCUACUGGUUCUGGGGGGCUACAGCCACCGUACUUAUGCCCCCUCCCACCUUAUCCAUGCCUACUGUCCUGGCCUGGGCCGAUGGCUCUGCCUGGGAACUCUGCCGAGGCCCCGGGCUGAGAUGCCUGCCUGCAUCCUGACGCUGCCCGCUGUGCAGCACAUAGCUUUGCUUCCCAUGCGGCACCAAACUAAACCUGCUGGGUGAAGUGGGAGCAUCGGUGGAUGCGGGGAGGAAGGGAUAAGAAACAUCAUGGAAGAAGGACAGAGAUGAUGCAGAGAAAGAGAAGGCCUUACUCAUGAUAGUAUUUUAUUCUAGCACAGUGCUUUACAACUCAUAAACCGCUUUUGUAUAUAUGAUCUUCACUGAGGAAAAGGUUCCAGAAUUCCUGGAGAAAGAGUGUUGGGGGAGGGGAGGCAGCUGAAUACCUAGAUAAGGAGAGGAGACCCAGGGGCAAGUCUACAAGGUUUAGGGACCCUGGCACGAUUUUUGCUGGGCAAAGUGCACUCUUCUGGGAAAACAGUGAAGAAGCAUCAGUACCAAGGUGUAGGGGCCAUGAGAGGACAGUUGGGAUAAUGAUUCUGACCAAUGGAAGAAGGAGAAGAACGUGGAAAGGACAUCUGUGGAAGAGUCGAGGGGUGUGGGGGAAGGACUGUAAUUGUUGCUUAUCUUUACUCUCCAAUCCCUGAGAUACCCAAACACUCAUGACAAUGUUCUUUCUCAGAUAACCUGUAGACCCAGUCUAGCAUUCCCUCAGCCAGACACCACAGGCUGCCCCUAAAAGCCUCUUGGUUUCCAAUCUGAGGGGAAGUUCCGUCUGGAUCGGGCACAGCGCAGGGGCCCGAGAUGCAGGAAGAUGAGGUGGGAGCGCCGCCCACGGGGAAGAUAAGGAGGGCAAAGAGGGAGGCGCCCGUGGUGGGAAAAGGAUGAAACAAGAUUUGAGGGCAUGUGGUAGAUGAAGUUAGGAGACUGACUGGCUUCUUUCCUUCCCUUUGGGGUGAAUCGAAGGAGCAGGAGGGAAACAGUACAGCUGCAGUGUGAGGUCUUAAGUUAUGAGAGGAAGUGGCAGAGAGAAGAGUGAGAGGCAGAGAAGCCCCACAAAAGUGGUUCUCCCCUCUCUCGCUUUCCUCCAGAGUUUGGGAAUCCAUUUCCCUUUUUCUCAGCCAGGGAAAGUUGAGUCAGAUGCUUCCUCUCUCUCUUCCUUCACCCUGCUUUUCCUUCCCUUUUUUCCCUCUCUUUUUUCUCCUCUCCUUUCUCCCUCACAGUUAUUAAUUAUCUACUAUGUGCCAGGUACUAUGUGAGGUACUAAAGAUCCAAAGGUCAGGGAGCUCCUGAUCAGCACACAAACUUGUAAACAAAUACAAGUUUUCUAGUGGACUUAGAGGGAUGGACACUUGCCUCGUAGCUCUCACGAGAGCCGCUUUCUCUUAUACCUCAUAGUUAGAGACAGGAGAGCUCAGAGGAUGGAGAAGGGAACUCUACCCAGCGGUGGCUUCUGUUAGGGAAAGCAUCAUCAGAUGGAUAUAGUUUGAACUGGAUCUUGAAGGCUGCCCAGAAACUCACCAGGCAGAAAAGGAGGAAGGCACUCCAGUCAGAGGAAAGAAGCAAGUUGGGUGGGUAGUGCCCUGUGUCUCCAGAGCAAAGGGGAAGUCAGUAUUCCAGGGGUUCUUCAGAGAGUUCUUCUGCCAUUUGCCAGCCUAAUCUUUUCUCUGGAAGCUUCCUGAAGACAAUGGCUUUCACUUAACAAUUGUAAGUUCCCUCCCUCCACAACUUCCCUAAACCUUUCCUGUCUGGUAUUUCCACUUCUGACCCCUGAGCAGCUUAGGGCAAAGAAGGGCCAGUUCUUUCCCUUUUCUAUCACCAUUGUUUAUUAAGGUUUUCAUGCUGCUAAAGGUGAGAGGAGGGAGGCCCCUUGCAUCUUUCUCCAUCUUGGUCUGGAGGGGCUUGACUUUUAUUUUUUUUGAGAUUUUCAUUAUUUUAAUAAGAUUGUUUUUUCUAUAUCUCUGUUUAGGAACAUAGUUGAAAAUGAGGAGGGGUAAGUAGGAUAUAUGAGAGAACAGAGAAGAAAGAUUAAAGAAGACAGGGAAGAAGGAAAUUGGAAGCACUGAGUAACUAUAAGGAUUGAGUCUUUAGGGUGAACUUCUGUGAACCUGUUCUUUGUGAUUUGUAUGCAAAGAUAGGCUUAAAUAAAGGUUUCGCCAUGAUUGAA